UUGACUGAAGGAGGUGUGACGUGAACUUCCCAGAGGAGCUGAAGAAAUUAUGGGGGGGUUCCCCGCUCAUUUACCGUAAGGACCAUGAAGCAUAAACAGCAUUUUUCCAAAACCCGCUGGCCCUAACCUUUUCAAAUCCUCAUCAGAACAUUUCCUGCUGUUGGUACUUGAGGAGGUCAAUGUCACAGGAAAACAGGAAGUACUGAAACCACGACAAGCUCAACUAACAGGAAGUAGAAGUGUACGGCUAGUCAUCUCAAUAGCCCUGCCAACCACCAUUCACUUCAACAAGACAAACUGCUUCCCAUGGCAAGCCUUCACUUUGACAUUUGGAGCAUGGGGGCGCGGAACUGUCCCUGAAACAUCGGGGAAGGCGAAGUGACACAGCAGUUCCCACGAUGCACUUUUAAUUCAGCGGUCUCUUCUGUGAGGAUUUGUCUAAUAUAAGUGCAGUCAUCAUGACAUCGGUUUGGAAGAGACUUCAGCGCGCUGGCAAAAGAGCGACGAAGUUCCAGUUUGCCGCGUCCUUUCAAGAACUCACCGUUGAGUGCACUAAGAAGUGGCAGCCAGACAAACUUCGAGUGGUUUGGACCAGACGAAACAGACGCAUCUGCAGCAAGCUUCAUGGCUGGCAACCAGGUAUCAAGAACCCAUACAGGGGGACUGUGGUUUGGCAGGUUGCUGAGAGUGUGGAUAUCACUGUCACUCUUUUUAAGGAUCCAAAUGCAGAUGAAUUUGAGGACAAAGACUGGACUUUCAUCAUAGAGAAUGAAACAAAGGGCCACCGAAAGGUUUUAGCAUCAGUGGAUGUGAACAUGAAGAAGUACGCAAGCGUGACCCCGGCUCAGUUUGACCUGACGCUUACACUAAAGCCUCUGUCUGUGAAAGUGUUGGAUGCCACACUUAAACUCACACUGUCCUGUGUCUUCCUGAAGGAGGGCAAAGCUACUGAUGAAGACAUGCAAAGUCUGGCGAGUCUGAUGAGUUUGAAGCAGUCCGACAUUGGAAACCUGGAUGACUUCAAUGACAGCGAUGAAGAGGAGGACAGAAGAAUGAAUGCGGCAGUGAAAAUGGCCACAGCUGUAAUAGAUCCUCUUCCUCCUGCUAGGAGAAUACAUGACAAAGCCUGGAGACCUGCUGUAGACACAGGUCCCUCUGACACAGCUCAUUCUGAACCGGAGCGGAUGAGCUGUUCCUUCAUUACACCUAACGUUCCUCUCCAGGACCGCCCCCUGUCAUACACCGCUCUUGACCCGUCUGCCCCGCCCCUCUUCCCUUCCUGUAUCCAACUCCCCCGUGCUGCUGGCAGCGUCCCGCAGGCACGCCCCUCCCCAUAUGCCUUCACUAUACCUGCAUUUGUACGUGCUCAUCCACCUGCCCUGCCCAAAAUCUUCCAGCCACCGACCGGCUCAGUUGCUGUAUCUGUCACUAAAAGGCCGUCUGGAGGUCUUGCUAGGUCUGAGUUAAUGGAGAGCAGUCGCUCUGCUGAGGGCAGUGCAGCUCCUCCCCAAAGGCCUCUCUCUUUUCUUCCUGGGACUAGCACACCUUUCUCUCUUUCCUCUGCUCAAUCCUCCUCAUCCCCUCAACAGACUCCUCUGCCUGACAUAACCCAGAAAGCCACCCAUUCGGUUGCUCGUAGCAAGACCCGGAGACCUCAGAGUUUUCCCUCUUCACACUCCUCCCUUUCUGAUUUACACCCCUCCUCCUUUGAGUUUGGCUCUUCUCCUCAGGGCACAAUGACUUUACCUGCACCACGGCCCUCAAAAAUGUAUCGCGCCUCAUUGGCUGAGCCAGGCUCUGCCCUUACAAAGCCUACAAGCAUGCCCUCUGCCACUGAGACAGCAUCUUGGCAAAAAGAGUGGAGGCCUCCUAAGCUGCACCCUACUCUGUGUCCUGCUCCCCUUACCUCUCCAGAACACAUUAACAGAGAGUGUCAUCCAGCCUCAGUGAUCUCCUCUCCUCCUGCACAAACCUCUCCCCUAACGUAUGUCCCCCUUCCUGCAAUGUCUUCAUCCUGUGUGCUUCCUCAACCAAUGGACUCUUCUACCAUUAGUCUCAAUCCUGCUGUAACAUCUCCCAGUGUGGCUCCUUCCUCUGAGAUGCCCAGUGUUGAGUCAGUCUCUACGUCUUGCUCUCAAACCCUGUCAGCUGCCAUCCUCUCUCCUGCUCCAGCAUCACUGGUUUCUCCCUCCAUUGCUCCUGCUGCUACGUCUAGUUCUCAGUCCACCCUGUAUCCAUUUGUCUCUACUCUCUUGUCAUCUCCUCAUCUCACUCUUUCUGAUGCUCCUCUAAGUUCCACUCCCGAUGUUGGUCGUAUGGUCACUGCACCUGUUGUUGCCGAAUCAGAGCCUCUCCCAGAGGUCCAGACGUACGAAUGGAGGCAUCAGGUUGUGCCCACAGUGGUUAGGCCUAAUGUGCGCAGACCAGUAGCCCCUCUUCCUGUUAAUGCCCCUACAUCUCCUUUCAUUCUCCCCCCACCCUCACGAUCCACGAUCCCUGUCCCCUACAUUUAUGCCCAAACGUCCACUGUAGCCCCUGCCAUUGCCUCCAUUUCAGUCCCUUCCACUGACACACUCACAGAGCAACACAGACAGUUAAGUGUAUUAGCAGAGGAGGAAUGUCCCAAUACAGUUUCUUCUACUGAUGAGGAUGCAGACGCUAAGCCCACAGAUCUUCAUCAAAACCAUGAACCUCAACCUCGCAGAGCCGGAGUCAUCAGUAUAGCCAAACAAAAACCAAACAACAGUAUGGACAAGCAACGGCCUGUUUUUGGACUUGAGGUUGUGCGGCCUGCAAAAGGACCAGAGAGUAUGACCUCUCUGCUGCCCAGUGACCAAAAGUCACUUUCUAUGACUGAUGUCACAUAUUUUGAGCUGCCAAAGUCCGAGCUGUCUGAUACAAAUAAAAUACACCCCAGCGCAGCCCUUGAAAAUGUUGCAGAACCUGCUGCGGUGCCUACAUUCACCAGCCCAUUAACUGAGGUCCAGAUCAGUCAGUCAGACAAUUCACAGAGCUCUGCUGAGCUGGCUGUUUUACACUCAGCUGCACAUGAGCAGACAGAAGAUGAGGCGAUUCUUCAUAAAGACAAGACAGAGCCCUUUCAAAGUAGCUCUCAACUAGCAGAAAUAGAAGCACAAGAGGCCAGCCCAGAAUCUGUGCCACAGCUGCUCACAAAUACAGAAAUGUCCCAGUCAGAUCGUACUAAAGAAGGCACCAAAAGCAUGGCUGCUUUACUGCCCUCUUGCCCAAAAGAGUCCCAUUCUCCUUGGUCACCAUCCAUAUUAGCUGAAGACAUAGCUGAGAAUCAAAUAGGAGACUUAUUUGUAGACCGACCACCUUGGGUGAAACAAGAAGGAGAAGAGCCUAAUUUUGACAGUUCUCCAUAUGUUCCCAGUAUGAUAUAUCUUCUUCCAGCCUGUCCGAGAACUGCUUUUACACCUGGGAUGCCAUCUAUAACCUUUCAAGACACUAAGUGGCCUUGGGAUGAGUCCGUGAAGAUACUGAAAGAGAAAAUUCAAAAGGAGAAAUCAGCAAAACAUAUUCAAGAUAUGGAUUGCUCACUGUAUGACCAGAGUACUGUGGAAAAUAUGAUAUCCCUACAUUUAACUUGUCCAAGAGCUGCCAGCAUCCCAGGAUUUCCGUCUUUGCCGUUCUGUAUGGGCGAUCUUCUUCCAUUAUGUCCAGAUGUCUCUGUAGUUCCAGGUUUAUCUUCAAGAUAUCCAGUCAUUUGCACAGAUGAAACCUGGCCUAAAGAUAAUUUAGUAUUUUAUUUGAGGAAAAACAAGGAACCAAUUUUGCCAAUGUCUUCAGUGAAGGUGGAUUUUGAAACUGCAAGAAAGAUGGUUGCAUUGAGAUCCUCUUGCUCAGCAGCACCCAAGGCUCCAGGAUUUCCAUCAGCUCCAAAACCAGUUGCACCAAGUAUGGUCAGGAUUUUACCAUGUUGUCCAACGAUUUCCUGCAUUGCUGGAUUUGCAUCUGCAAAAGAACUUGCCAGUCAGAAUGUCUUCCAACAGUGGCCACCCAACAAUCAAUCAUCUCUGAUAAUAGCACAAAGGAACCAGCCCAGUUUGCCUCUAGUUCAAAGCAUACUGAAAGAGGACCAGUCAACAGAGAUGGUGAACUUAGUACCAUCUUGCCCCAGGAAAGCAAGGACUCCUGGUUUUCCAUCUGCACCAAAAAGAAAACAGGACAUUGCAUUCUGUAUGACAAAACUCAUGCCUCUAUGUCCAACAACCUCUUGUGUCACUGGAAUAUCAGCCAUACACAUUCUUCCAAACACUUCAGAUUCAUUUAAGGAGUGGCCAAAGGACAUUCAACCAUUUUGGAUGAAGACGAAUGCAUCUCAGCCGUGUCAUUUAAUCCGUCCAUGUCCUCGGUAUGAAGUUACAGAGAGCAAUAUGCUGUCAUUGAUACCAUCAUGCCCAAGAAAAGCAAGAACACCUGGAUUUCCUUCUGCACCUUGGCUCAUCCCUGAAACACAAAUAAUGUCUGGUACUCUAUCAGCAUGUCCACAGAUGGCUAAAACACCAGGCUUUCCCUCUUUAGUUCAAAGCAAAGUUGAUAAGACUUUGGUAUAUAAUUGGCUUUUUAAGGAGAAAGCUCUUUGUAUGAGGAGUCUGCCAGUGUACACAUUUGACAACCUAGACAUUGCUUAUCCGGACAACGAGAGUUUUAAAGGAAUGUAUGCUAUUUUGCCAAGUUGUCCAGUGAAAGCAAGUGUCCCGGGCUUUCCAUCUGCACCAAAGCCCAAAUUAAUGGUUUAUCUUUUCCAUUGCUUCCCAACAGUCUCAAAUGUAUCUGGGAUGCUAUCAAACAUAUUAUCUGAGGUAGAAUUACAAUGGCCUGUAAAUGAAAGGCCAUUAUGGGUAAAACAAUUAAGCAGAAAAGUUCAGUCCAUACAUGCUGUUCCUCCUCAGUACAGAGAAAUAAAUGAUAAAGCCUUCAUUAAGCUUAUGGUAGCUUUGCGCCCAACUUGUGCAAUCAGUUCUAAAUUGCCUGGCUUCCCAUCUGCUCCGAGAAAAAUAACUGAGAAGAAAGCACCAGAUAUGGUGUCUCUCGUGCCAUCUUGUCCACAUUUUUCAAAGGUAUUAGGUAUGGCGUCUGUUGACUUGGGAAAUGAAGCAAUAGAUUCAAGUGCAUGGUCUCUGGAUGGGAAGCAACUGUACAAGAGGUCCUCAAAGAACAAGUCCGAUAUAAUGUGUUCUUCGUUGAAUCAAACAUAUGAUGACCAGCUGAAUAUCCACAUAGAAGACAUGGCUAUGAUUACGCCCUCCUGUGCAAAGCAAUCCAAUAUCCCUGGUUUUCCAUCCACAUAUUCAGAAUCUCCACAUAUGUUUUUUCAUGCAAAUAAUACCCCAGAGUUACCAGAAGAUGUUGGCCAUAAAGAAAAAAAAUCAACUCUGCUUAGUCCAGCAGAUAAUGAGAUAGACCUGUCUAGUGCAAACAAUUCUGAUAAUAGUUCCACAUUAGAGAAGGCCAAGGAGAAUGUGAACUUUUGGGCAAGAUGUGAGGAAGGACAAAAGGGAAUUCUGGAGAGGGGGAAAAUGCAUUGCAGAAUGUGGCACUCCAUACCAGACAUGCCACUAUUACUGACUGUUGAGGAGAGAUGUCAAAGUAUAAGUGCUCAGAUUCCACCUUCUGAAAACUACAGGGAAACUCUGGUUAAAAAUGAUGACAUGGAUCAAGGUGUAUUAUGGACAUCCCAAGGCAGACCAGAACAGUUUUCAGAAGGUUUUAAGCAAGAAGAGACUACAAAAGAUUAUAAUAGAAUGGUACCCUCAACAGCUGAAGAUCAGCCUACAGAACCGCAGCAAGAGUGUGUCCCAAACAUGGUAGAUCUUCUUCCAUCAUGUCCACUGUUCUCAAGAGUUUUUGGAUCUCCAUCAACAGCGCUAUCUAGCAUAUGUAAAACAGACAUAAUCAACUGGCCUACUGAGUUAAAUAUAAUUUGGGAUGAGCCACAUAAAUCAACAAAAAAUAUUUUAAUGCCACACUUGGAAAAAUCCCGCUUUGAGGAAAAAAUGGUAUCCCUCAUGUGCACAUGUCCAAAUGAAACAAGAAUUCCUGGCUUUCCAUCUGCUAAGAGACUCACAGAGGCCCCAUGUAUAUCUUUUCCAGAAACAUUUGUUGUUGUUGACACAUCUACACAGACCCCAAUUCCAGAGAAAAAGCAUCAUGAGGAGUGCCUGAGCAUGGAAAUAUCAUUAUUGGAAGAACAUCCUAAAGCAAAGCCAAUUUUACACAUCGAAAGUCCAGUUGAGUAUUCAGAGACGACUAUAAUGAUGGUGAAUACAGUUCCAUCUUCAAAACUUGAUUUCAUAUCUGCUCCAAAGAGUGAAGAAAUACAUAUAUCAUGUGAAGAAUUAAUUCUUCAAGAGCCUACAAUUGCUGAGUCAGAACUGAGGGAAGAUUCAAAACCUACAAAUGAGAUAUUAACCUUUGUGUCUGAAAAUGCUACACAAAUGCCAGAUUCUAUCCCUGAAACCCAAGCAGAGCCAAAUAUGUUGGAGCUUCUUCCAUCCUGUCCAUUGCUUUCUAGAAUCCCUGGAUGUCCUUCUCUAAGGGUCCGUGAAGGAAUGAAGUGCAUUGAUGAUCAAGCAGUAAUCUAUUGCAAAUCAUUAAAAGAUAGACAGAGUGGUAUUUUUGGCCCGGUUAAAGAUGAAAAAGAAUCACAGAUUAUAGCUCUGGCACCAACAUGCCCAAAAGCAUCAUGUAUUCCAGGCUUUCCAUCUAGACCACAUUGUAAAUCACAGAUGGAGCCGAACAUGCAAAACAUUUGUCCCUCUUGCCCAGAGAUUUCGCAUAUAGCUGGUUGUCCGAGCAUCCAGACCCCUAAGAUGUCCAAUUGGCCUUUGAGUGCAGUUAUUUUGCAUUCAAAUCCAUUAAAGGAACCCCCUGUUGUUUUGGACAUGGACAAGAUAUGCAAAGAAAAUGGCCAUAGAAUGUUUGCUUUGGCUCCUACAUGUCCAUCAGUGGUCCAUGUUCCAGGUUUUCCAUCUGUGUCUGAGCCAAUAAUGCUGCACAUGCUUCCCUCUUGCCCAGAGAAGUCUAAUAUUAUAGGAUUUUCUUCUAAAAGGGAGCAUUUAGAUUGGUUUGUUGACAAGAAAACAUUGUACAAUGUAUCUUUUAAAAAGCAACCUGUUGUUCUUAAUGACAGAGUUGAUUGGCUUAGUGAAUUAACUAAAAUAAUGUUUGCAUUGGCUCCAACCUGUCCAUCAAAGGAAAGAAUACCAGGAUUCCCACAUGCACACAAGUGCAAAGCUACACUUCCCCACAGUAUGGUUGAUCUACAUCAGUGCGUUCCAAAGAAGUCAAGAAUCACGGGAUUCUCAUCAAGUGAGGAAAUAAAAGCAGGAACAUGGUUUGAGAAUGAAAGGCCUCUGUUGGAGAGGCCACUGAGAACGAGGUCAGAGAUGCCUGUCCAGUUUAAUUUCGCAACUCCGCAUAAAGAAAUAGACCAACAUAUUUUGCAGAGGAUGUUUGCACUUGUACCCACCUGUCCAAGAGAAGCAUGCAUAGCUGGUUUCCCUUCUCUACCUCAGGUUAAAGUGGAGGGUUUCUAUCUCCAUAAAGAACCAGAUGUUGUAAGCAUUUUGCAUUCUUGCCCGAUGUCUUCUUUCAUUGUAGGUGUUCCUACAGUUAAAUCUGUGCCCAUAGAAAAAUCUCAAGAAAGCAUAUGGUCAACUCAGAAGCCCAUAUGGGUUAAACCUCUUAAAGAAAGACAGUUUUGGUCUUUAAGUUAUACAAAGGAUAAUGAUGAAUAUUCAGAACCCAUGUUCUUGCUUGCCCCAACGUGCCCUAAUAAGGCCAGACAUGAUGGUUUUCCAUGCUCAGAAAAGCUUGAGGGUCCAGUGACAACGGUCUUCCCAACUUCUCCAGAGUCUCCGUUUUCUGCAACCAAUGAAACAGAAUUUAGUCACCUGGUCCCUGAAGUGACAUGUUCCCUGGUUGAAGCAAGGCUUCCUGAUUUCCCAGAUGCUUUUACAUAUGCAAUUUCUCCAUCAAUUCCAACCCAAGAACACACCAAAUUUGAAGCCAAAUUUACCCAAAACAUAGAACCUGAAAAUGAUCAAACACUGGAUAUAACAGGCCCUGAAAAUCCAAAAGAAAUAGGAAGUUCUUAUGAAAUGCUCUUGGCUGGAGGUAAUGAAAACCAUGAGGUGAAGUUUUUUCUGGGAGAGCAACAUGUUGGGGAGCAGUCUGCUAGUAAAACUCAUGAUACUGCAGAGCCUGGAGAGACUGCUAUAGCCUUAGGAUGGGAAGUUUUGGAGGCAGAUGAUACUUCCACUGAAAAAGAAGGAUCUUCUGGUCUUGUUAGGACUAUAGUUGAUGUCUUUCACAGAGGUUAUGAGACAGUUGCUGCAAUACUGCAGCCCUCUAGCUCUGGAUCAGUCACAGACGCAGACACGUCAGAUCCUCUCGACAGUCUUUCAUCCUCUGUGAGUCCCAAGGACAGUCCCACUGGAAGUGAUCAUUCAUUAGAGGAACUCGUACAGGCAGCGGAGUCUGAGGUCUUUGAUUCUGCUGAACCCUACAUGUGGCGUUUGGUUGGUGGUUCAGAAACAUCACUGUCAUCAAAAGAGACUGAAAGCUGGUUCGUUGAAGAUGAAGAAUUUUGCCUAAUGAGGAAGUGGCCCCCUUUAACAGAGGAGGAGCUUCAUGAGAUAACCAGAGACGAGGAGGACAAAACAGAUAUUGGCUCAUUGAUACAGGAGUGUACAUCUUCGGUUCAAGAGGAAACUGGUAAUGUUGAGAUUGUGACAAAAAGUAAAAUGUUGAAGGAUGAGUUGUCAACCACACUAUUUCCAGAGGAGGGGCCACAACAUCAUUUUGUCCCAGAAGUCUCUCUUUUCAUCCAACGGACUAAGCACGAAUUGCUUGAUGAAGUAAAACCACCUAUGUCCUUACUGUCUUCAGUAAAUUCUCAUAACCAAAGGACGAUCACAGAACAGACUGUUUCAGCUUCAAAAGAACCUAUGCCACCAAGAAGGACUAAGAAGCAAGACAUUCUUCAAGAGACAUUUCCAUCACCAUCACCAGUUUCCAACCCAGCUGAUCCAAAAGAUCAGAGUGAUAACGUCUGUGUCAUAAAACAAACGGAUCAUUAUUCUCAGAGUACAUCACAAAUUGUACAGCCAGAUACUCCACUCACCACCAUCCAGAGUUCUUCAGCUGUGGUAGAUAAAGGUACAUCUUUAGAAACUGAUCGCUUGACGUAUAUACCUGUCCCACUGACAAGCACUUCUUUUCCUGAAGGGACCUCUGUGAUAGAAACAGCCGAAGCUGAAAAUGUAGUAGAAGUGUCCAGAAUUGUGAUUUCUUCACCAGAAACCAAAGAGAAGUCCACACCUAAAGAAAUUAUACCAUCAUGUCAUAGCAACAGCGAAGAAAAUUUUCCCUUAGUGCCUGCUGAAGACACAGUCACACAGUUACGUGCUCCUCAGAGGCGGAAGAAUAAAGCUCAAACCAGCAAUGUUGAUGAAGCUGGAGGAGAGUGUGAAGAAAAGAGUACAUUGUCUUCUGUUAUCACCAGUAUGUCCCAGUCUGAAGACAAAAGAAAGACCCAUGCUGGUGAUGAAUUGAGCAUGAAAGACCAGGUACAACUGGAUUUAAAUGUUCCUGAGGUGUCGGAAGUAAAAAUGCGAAUCAGUUGCACUGAUCUUCCAGUCCCAGUGCCACGUGUUAAGAAACGUCUCAGUGGAUCUUUUGCAGAUGAUCUUCCUUCUCCUUCAACUUCCCCUUUACCUGAAACAGAUCCAGGAAACAUUGUUCUCCAAACAGAAGACCAUCAUGAUUCAAGUCUACCAGUACCAGUGCCACGUGUGAAGAAACGUCUCAGUGGUUCUUUCCCAGAUGAUCUUCCUGUCCCUUCAUCAGCCUCUUCAUCUCAAGCAGAUUCAGACAACAUUGUUCACAAUAGAGAAGUCCAUCAAGAUUCAAAUCUGCCAGUUCCAGUUCCACGUGUGAAGAAACGUCUCAGUGGUUCUUUUCCAGAUGAUCUUCCAGCCCCUUCACCUUCUCUUCCAUCACAAGCUGGUUCAGAUAGCCUUGCUCCACAAACAGAAGACCAUCAAGGUUCAAGUCUUCCAAUACCAGUGCCACGUGUGAAGAAACGUCUCAGUGUUUCUUUUCCAGAUGAUCUUCCAGCCCCUUUAUCCACCCUUUUAUCUGAAACAGAUCAAGGUAAUAUUGUUCUCCAAACAGAAGACCAUCAAGAUUCAAAUCUGCCAGUUCCAGUCCCACGUGUGAAGAAACGUCUCAGUAGUUCUUUUCCAGAUGAUCUUCCAGCCCCUUCACCUUCUCUUCCAUCACAAGCUGGUUCAGAUAGCCUUGCUCCACAAACAGAAGACCAUCAAGGUUCAAGUCUUCCAGUACCAGUGCCACGUGUGAAGAAACGUCUCAGUGGUUCUUUUCCAGAUGAUCUUCCAGGCCCUUCAUCCUCCCUUCCAUCUCAAGCAAGUUCAGAUAAAAUUGUUCCCCAAACAGAUGACUACCGAGACUCAGGUCUUCCAGUCCCUGUCCCACGUGUAAAGAAACGUCUCAGUGGUUCUAUUGCAGAUGAUCUUCCAGGCCCUUCAUCCUCCCUUCCAUCUCAAGCAGGUUCAGACAUCAUUGCUCCACAAACAGAAGACCAUGGAGAUUCAAGUCUUCCAGUCCCAGUGCCACGUGUGAAGAAACAUCUCAGUGGUUCUUUUCCAGAUGAUCUUCCAGCCCCUUCAUUCACCACUUCAUCUCAAGCAGAUUCAGACAACAUUGUUCUCCAAACCAGAGACCCUCAAGAUUCAAAUCUGCCAGCCCUGGCUCCACGUGUUAAGAAACGUCUCAGUGGUUCUUUUCCAGAUGAUCUUCCAGGCCCUUCACCCCCCCUUCCAUCUCAAGCAGGUUCAGACAUCAUUGCACCCCAAACAGAAGACCAUGGAGAUUCAAGUCUUCCAGUGCCAAUGCCACGUGUGAAGAAACGUCUAAGUGGCUCAUUUCCAGAUGAUCUAACUGUUCCCUCAAGUUGUCCACCUCCUUUAGAUUUAUCUAACAUGGUCCUUGACGGAUCAACAAGUGAUGCAAACAUGCCCAUCCAAAUUCCCCAUUCAGAGAAACUUAGUGAUAAGUUCUCUGAUGAGAACCUUCCAAGCUUGCCUCAAGAAGAAGAAGGCAAGCUUCAUCUCUCAGAAAACAAACAAUGUUCUGUUGAAGUGGACAUGCAGGGGAGGGCAGAAGCAGAGGUUGAGAGCCUGGAGGAUUCCACCACCUCAGGUGCCAAUAAAGUAGAGCUAAACGAAAAAGGCCUGGGGGAGUCUGGUUUAGCCCCUGAUGUAACAGUUAUCAGUGAAAAACCUAAGACUAGUGCUCCAACUGGUGAACAUUGUAAGGACAAGGGAGAGACAGACCAACACAUUAAAAAAGAUAAAAGUGUUGAGGAAGAAAUGGAUGCUGUACAUUCUGGAGAUGAUGAGGUUGAUUUGAGCAUGGACACUGUAGAUGAUACAGGUGUUAUCAUAGAUGUAUUUAGACAAGAAGUAGCUGAAGACUCCUCCAGUCUUCCUGUGCCAAUGCCUCGCGUGAAGAAACGUUUAAGUGCCUCUUUCCCUGAAGACGACUCCAUUCCCAGUUCCUCGUCAGCCAAUCAACAUGAGGUUUCAGAGAAGGCAAAUAAUGAGCCGGCAGUGACUGUUCGUAAUAAACGAAGAGCUGCAGCGGAUGCCAUAGACCUUCAGGGAAGUUCCACAGCUCCCACAUCGCCAACCAGUGAAACAGAGAUUGCGACCUUGGUGAAUUCGAGUCAGUCUCUGCUGGAAUGGUGCCAAAAGGUCACACAAGGUUACAAGGGUGUCCGGAUCACAAACUUCAGCACCUCUUGGAGAAACGGCCUCGCUUUCUGUGCCAUCCUGCAUCACUUCCAUCCAGAUAAAGUAAAUUAUGAAAUGCUGGAUCCAUAUGAUAUUAAGCGCAACAACAAGAAGGCGUUUGAUGGCUUUGCUGAACUGGGAAUCUCUAGGUUGAUAGAGCCCUCUGACAUGGUGCUGCUGGCAGUUCCCGACAGGCUCAUUGUGAUGACGUAUCUCAACCAGAUCCGCACCUGUUUCAUGGGCCAGGAGCUCAGUGUCAUACAGAUCGAGAAGAACAGCAGUGAGUCCAGUUACGCUGUUGGUGAGAAGAGGGAGGAAGCCGACCCAGAAGCCGCUGUUCGCUACUGCACAGAAAGGCUCCAGGGCAGCGGCAUUACUCUAGAGACCAAUGGGAGCUUACCUGAAAAGGAGGUCAAGGUGCCACCUCCAAGAACGAAGCGAACGCAGGAUCCGAGCCAGGCUGGAGGAUCAGGUGACGCUCAGCCUCCGGUGGCACCACCAAGAACUCACACCUCAAAGGCUUUUUCUCAUCUCAAGGAUGCAGAUCUUGUUAAAAAGCGCAGAUCAAAGCUGCGGGGAGAGUCACUGGAUGAGGCUGAACCACACGAACAGCAGAGCGGUACAGAGGAAAGUGAAGCAGCCAAAGGAGGUUCAGAGUCACAAAACGUAGAGAAGAAUGUUGAAGAAGGCACUGCAGGAGAGCAUCAGGAUGUCAGUCAAUAUGUACUAAGUGAGAUGCAAGCGCUGGAGGCGGAACAAAAGCAGAUAGACCGCAGAGCAGACAUUGUGGAAAGGAAACUAAGAAGACUUAUGGAGUCUGGUAGUGAUCGUGUAGAAGAAGAGACACUGAUUCAGGAGUGGUUUACCCUGGUCAACAAGAAGAACGCUUUGAUCAGGAGACAAGACCAUUUGCAGUUACUACAAGAAGAGCAAGAUUUGGAGAGGAAGUUUGAGCUGCUGAAGAAAGAGCUACAAGAUUUAAUGGCUGUGGAAGAAUGGAAGAAAACCCAGGCCCAUAAAACCAGAGAGCAGCUGUUGUUGCAGGAGCUGGUGUCUUUAGUCAACCAGAGAGAUGAGCUCGUGCAUGAUAUAGACGCCAAAGAGAGAGGGGCUCUUGAAGAGGACGAGAGGUUGGAGAGAGGACUAGAAAUGAGGCGCAGGAAAUACGGAAGCCGGAAAGAGAAGUGUGUGUUACAGUGAGGGAUCCUGUGCACCUGCUUUUAUUCAGGAUUGUCCCCCGUUAAACACUGUGCUGAUGGACUAGUGAGGUGUGUGUGGACCACAUCACAUUAAAUGAUAAGGAGAGUGUGACUAGAUGAAUUCUCAGUCCUCGUGUUGAACCACGAAUGCUCAUUUCAGGGUGGAUUAAAAGUUUAUUUCUUUCAGAGACAUUUUUAGUCUGAAUAAGUGAAAUAGACAGUAAUGGUCAAUAGACUUCUGACACCAGUUCUCGUUUUACAUUUUCAGUAAAAAUAAUAUACGUGACCUUUGCAGUGUUAUUACCUUAUUUAACUUGUGUGUAAAGUUGGCUGCUGCAGUGAUUUUAAGGGAUCUCAAAGUUAUUUAAAAUAGUACAGUAACAAGUAUGAAAGAAGGAUCAGGCAGUUUUAUACAAGACACUGCUUUGAAACAAAGUCACAUAUUUAACUCACCCAACAAACAUACAAAAACAGCACAAAAGCAUGAGAGAAAAUACACAUUUUGCACAAAAUGUCUCUAUUGAGACAUCAUUUGAACAAUAUGAUCUUAAUGAUGUCCCUCCAAAUACUGUAACAGUGGUUGUUUGUUUUAUUUGAAGAACCUAAUUUCACAGGAUAUAAAAAAAAUACAAACUGUCAAAAAGAGAGUAUGUGCAUGAACAUUGAGUGUUUGCAUUUUGUUUUAAAAUAUUUGAAUGAAAAAAAAUUGGGAUUGUAUUUAUAUAAGAUCAUUUUUUUAUCCAUGUAUGGUACAGAAUGCAAAGGAAAAUGUACCUUCAGCAAUUCAUAAGAAUUUCUCCUUUAAAAAGUGUGUGUUAUAGAAUUUUUCUUUUUUUGAGUGACUGGUUGUUUCGAGACUCUCAGCUCUUUGAUUUUAGCUGUGACCCUGUUUACACUGUUUGAAAUGAAUUGUUUUUGAAAAGUCCUGGUGUCAGCUAACACACCUACAGGUGACAGGUCUUUUGGAAAUAAAAUUGUUUUAAAAUUCUU